GCGAGGUGCGUUGUCAGUGCUACCGCCGUCCGUGCAAACGCAGUCCUCGUCGUCGUCUUCAGCGGUUCUCGGUGCCCCGCGUCAACCUCUGAGAGAAAUCUUCGGGUCCAGGUGGUCUGUUUGAUUGUCGCUGCAUACGCCGAGUGUAGGCUCAGAUGAUUCUACAAGAGCUGCUCUCCCCUCAACACCCAAAACCACUACCAAACGUUAACGAAUGAUCACAAAUCAACCAUGUAGCUAAUCCAUAAACCAACCAUGAACUUCACUACCAGAAACUCUCAUUUUCGUCAUCCAUUCUUGCGGAUGUCCGAAAAAGACCUGCUCCGUACCCAAGCCACCCCAAUUCUAGAGAGUACCACCCUGAGCUACGUGAUCUCCACCACCACAGUCAGUAGCAAGAUGAACGAGGCCAUGGUAGGUCUAGAGGAGCCAGUGGAGGUGUGGUACCCAGUAGUGUUCAAGACCAACUCCAGCCUGUACUUCAGGACGGAAGAUCUAUCUGAAACGUUUAACAUAAACGUGUACAAUGAGAGUAAUCACACUAACUAUAACGAUAGUGCAUACAACGACGAAACGCUUAGGUUGGCAACAUCGAUUGGUAUUUCUUCUUUGUUUGGACUCAUCAUAUUGGCCACCAUCAUAGGGAACGUAUUCGUGAUCGCGGCAAUUCUGAUGGAGAGAAACCUUCACAGUGUCGCCAACUACCUCAUCCUGUCGCUGGCAGUGGCGGACCUGUUGGUAGCCUGUCUGGUGAUGCCUUUGGCGGCAGUCUACGAUGUGAGUCAAGAAUGGGCGCUGGGACCAGAGCUGUGCGAUAUGUGGACGUCCAGCGACGUCCUCUGCUGUACAGCGUCGAUUCUGCAUUUGGUGGCGAUUGCAAGUGAUAGGUACAUGGCAGUCACUAACAUCGACUACAUCCACCAGCGCACAGCCAAAAGGAUAGGCAUCAUGAUCUUCGUAAUCUGGAUGGUAUCCUUCAUGGUCUGCAUUGCUCCCCUCUUAGGCUGGAAGGACCCAGAGUGGAACACAAGGAUCCAAAACAAGAAGUGUCUGGUCAGUCAAGAUCUCUACUACCAGAUCUUCGCCACAGCUUCCUCCUUCUAUCUGCCACUCUUGGUCAUCCUGGCCCUCUACUGGAGGAUAUUCCAGACGGCCAGGAAACGUAUACGCAGGAAACACGUCAUUACCGGUUCGAAUCCAGUCCCCGACAGGAAUAUCGCAGCAGGAGGCAUAGCAGGUGGUCUAGCAGCCGCCAGUGGAACCGGAGGCAUCGCGGCAGCCGUGGUGACCGUCAUAGGGCGCCCUCUACCUACCAUCUCCGAAACUACAAACACCACCGCCUUCACCAACGUCUCCUCCAACUCUAGCCCGGAGAAGACCUCUUGCGCCAACGGCCUCGAGGCGGACGGACCCACCACCACCGACUGUGGCGCCAUCUACACCCCUCAAACCUUCUACCCCAUCAAGAGGAAACCCAAGGACAACGCAGACUCGAAGAAGGAACGCAAGGCAGCCAAGACGUUGGCGAUCAUCACUGGUGCCUUCGUGGUCUGUUGGCAGCCCUUCUUCAUAAUGGCAGUGCUGUUGCCCAUCGACGCCAAUCUCUUCAACAGGUACCUCAUGUCCUUCUUCCUGUGGCUGGGCUACUUCAACUCCACACUCAACCCCAUCAUCUACACCAUCUUCAGCCCGGAAUUUCGACACGCCUUCAAAAAGAUUCUGUGCGGCAGGAACUACGCACGCAGAAGCCGACACUUCGGCAUCAGACACUUCCAAUGAUGGCGGCAGAGUGACCGCUUCCCUUCGGACACUGCUAGGGCGCCGCCUCCAGUGGCGGCGCGGUUGGCGGCCAGUGUCGCCGCCACGGCAGUAGCGUCGGGCGCCAGAAACGUGACGUUCAAGUGCGACUGAUCCGAGGAGAGGUGGUCGCGGAAGGUGACGCCCUCUAGCGACAGUGACGGUAGUGACAACGCAGAUAGACGGGUUUAUCUCGAGAUGGGACCUCUGUGAUGUCCUGACUACUUGUGUGCGGGUGAAGAAGUGGACGAAAUGGUACACAAUGAUGUAUAGAAUUAGUUUUAGGUUCGCGUCGUGAGUUCAUGAUAUUGGUUGGCCGUCGACUUUGAUGGAUUUGAAUACGGUAGUGCUGGCGUUCUAGUGGAACAAUUCAACCGGUUUACCUUCAUAUUUCGGGUUAUGUAUCUUCGAUGUGUAUUAUAAACAAGGACUAUAAGCCUUGUUUUCAAUAAUUUUGUUAAUUAAUCGAAAAUUUAUUUUUAAAUUUCUUGCCGUAUUGUAAAUCAAAAUAUUUCAAUAUCAUAAGAACGAAAUCCUUGAUGUUGUUCAAAACGAUACAUCUGAAAGGGAUAUAUCAGCAAAUCAAUUUGAUUUUCGUUAACACAAAAGUUCUGACAAUAUAUUUUCAAACAAAAAUAUUCUUAAUGGCUCCACACUUGAGGAACAACUAGAAUCUUAAAAAAAAAUUGAUUUACCGAAUGAUUCGUUCUUUUUUCUCAUCAGCUUUUUGGUCUGACUAUCACUAACGAAUGCUAAAAAUUCCAAAUGGUCUAACUGUUUUUUUCAAAACGAUUCUCGUUUAUAUCGAUUUGUUCACACCAAUUCAUUACCUUCCAAAAUACAAUUGAUCUAUAAGGCAGAACAACAGUCUUUUAAGAAUUUAAGUAGUUAUAAAGAAUAAAACAUGACUCAUCCGCAUGAGAUAUAAUACCAACAGUUCUCUGGAAAAAUCUGCUUUGAAUUUGUGAGGUGUAUCAGGCAGGAACCACUGAAUUUCCUCACUGUUGAUUCUCUCCGUGGUCUCAGUGGAUGAAACACCGCAAUUGAACACUUUGCCAGACACAAUAUGAAUAAAACUACAAAUUA